AUGGCACAGAGGAUUCGACCGCAAUCCCGCGGCGGUGGCGGCACCAGCGACGCUGCCGCUGCCGCUGCUGCGCCGAGCACCUCCAAGCGGAAGCGCGUCCUGCAGGACAUCAGCGAGGAGCACAGCUGCAUCGGCGUGUCCACCCGCCAGCAGUCCUCCUCCGUGAGCUCGAGCCGCCGAUCCCAGCAGGCUCCGCGGCGGCCUUCGCCCAUGGCCCCCCGCAGAUCGAAUCGAAACUCGCGGCGUGUAAACGCGCACCAGGCGGCGGCGUCUACCACCAAGACUCGCAGCAGCAGCAGCAGCAGCGGCGGCAGCAACGUCAGCACCGGCAGCGGCAGGCGGACUCGAUCAUCAUCCUUGGUGCCGAGAGGUGCCAACACCACCAGCGGCGGCAGCGGGCGCGCAGCGGCGGUAAGCUGCAAACAGGAGCAAGCUGAAGGGGAAGGAGACAAAAGUGAUGAUGAUGAGAGCAUGUCCUGCGACGAAGAUCUCGAGGGCAUGGUCGUGGAUCUGAGCUUCGAAGGAGUCGCGGAUGACGGGGAGGCCGAGCCGCCGGCGCCGCAGCGCCGGCGCCGCAGCAGCACGGCGGGUGCUGGGCGGUGCGGCGGCGGAGAGGGAGCGGGCGGUAAGGGCGCGUGCGGCGAGGGAGGUGGAGGUGGCGGCGACCCAGCUGCUGCUGCUGCGGCUGCUGCUGCGGCUGCGGCUGCCGCCGAAGGCGGAGGCUGUGCUGACAGCAGGCGCAGUAAAGACGGCAGCAGCUGCUCGAGCCAACCACAAGCACGGCCGCCGGCGGCGGCGGAGGCGGCUCAGCAACAGGUGGGCGGGGCGCGGAAACCACACGCACAGCAGCAGCAGCAGGAGGAGCAGCUUCCGCCGGGGGUGAAAGACAUCGAUGCCGGGGUGUCGGAGCAAGGGGAGUCCCACCUGCUGAAUCCCGACUACGCCAAGCAGCACGCGCUGUACCUGCGCGAGCAGGAAAAACGGAAUAGGCCGGUGGCCUACAUCGGUACGAAGCAGAGGGACAUGCGGCCGAGCAUGAGGAGCGUCCUCGUGGAUUGGAUCUGCGAGGUCUGCGACCAGUUCAAGCUAUCUUCGAGAACUCUGUUUCAGGCGGUGGACCUGAUCGACCGAAGCCUGUCGGCGUUCGAAGUUCCCCGGGGGAAGCUGCAGCUGCUGGGGUGCGCCUGCGUGGUCCUGGCCUCAAAGUACGAGGAGAUCUACGCCCCGACGGCCGAAGAGCUGGCGCACAUCUCCGACAACACCUACACCCGUGCGGAGAUCAUCGCCAUGGAGCUGGUUGUCGUAAACGCGCUCCAGUUCCGGCUGACGUCCAUCACCCCGUGCAACUUCCAGGACCGCUUCUGCCUGGCGGCGAAGUCGAACGCCCGCGAGCGGUCCCUCGUGUCGUACCUCUUGGAGCUCCUCCUGCAAGACUACCAAGGGGUCAGCCUGCUGCCCUCGCUGAAGGCCGCGGCUGCGCUGUACCUGGCUCGGCAGACGCUGCACCCAAGGGGCUGCCCGCGCGAGGCUUGGACGAGGCAGACGGAGCAUUACACGGGCUACGCUGCCCGGGAGCUGGAGCCAUGCGUGCGGCGGCUUCACUACCUGCACGUCAGGGCCGAGGGGAACAAUCUCCACGCCGUCAGAGACAAGUACAAGAAGUCGGCGCUGCACCGAGUUGCGGAAGUCACUUGUGCCCUUGAGGACUACCUCCACUUUGGGGGGGAAGGGGAUGUCCGCCAGUAGCGGCGUUUGUAUGAGGGGUGUGCUGGGUGAGUGUUUCCGCGCGCGGUGCCCUUUUUUGCGCUACGACGGAGAUUUGGGGUUUGAUGCCCCCCCCCCCCCCCCCCCCCCCCCCCCCCCCCCCCCCCCCCCCGGGGGNUCGCCCCAGGCGGCAAGCCACCCUUGGGGGGGGCGGGGGGGGGUCCUUCUGGAGUGCUUUUACUCGUUUGUUGAGUCGUUUUUUUUUGGAAGGUUCGACUGAAGAAUGCAGGUGCAGUGAAAACGAUUCGAUCCAUUAUUUGCCGGCUGGAAAGGGAUGAUGGACGAGGCUGCCGGCAUGUCGGAGACGAGAGGGUGGAAGUACUGUAGAGUCCAUGCACUGCUGCCAACGGGAGGUAGACGAUUUCCUGCUGUAGAUGGAUCGCUUCUGGACGCCCUUGGAAGGUUUUCCAGCGGCGGUCCGUGCUACGCUAUUAGCUCUCUUGCAUGCUUAGGCGUUCCCGGCGUUCCCUCUUCUCCCACACGAGUUCAAUCAAACCACACGCUGCUCUGCGCGUCGCAGGAAAAAAAAUUCUUUGUAGCAUGGAAGGGAUGGAGUUCUUUGCGCCUCGGCGUCAGUUGCCAGGACAAGGGGGAGGGAGGAAGAGGAGGAGGAGGAGGAGGGGGAAAACCCGUUCUCUCUCCCUCUACGCCUAGUGGGGCUCUCUUUGUGCUUGACAUAGAUUUACGAGAGGAGCGCGUUGCGUUGUAUUCGCCGAAGACUUGCCCUCGAUGGUGGACUGAGAGGGCGACUUGAUUUGAGUCAGGGGGUUCCGUGGGGGGGGGGGGGGGGGGNUUUUUCCCGGGGGGUGGGAGGGGGGGGGGGUUCGGUGCGCAGCCGUGGACGCUGGGCAGUCGAACUACCGCCAGAUGAACAUGUUUUAUGGUUUGCGUAUCUGAGAUUUACUACAAGUCUGGAAAGCGAGGGCCGAGGGGCGGUGAUUGUUUUUAUUAUUUUUAUCCAUCUGUCUUGUCAUGUCUGUUCGGCUUCCUUCGGGGUUGCAGGAUGAUAUCUCGAGGCGCGUGUCGACCGCCGCAAGCGGGAUGACCUUGCAACGUGGGAAGUCAAGCUGGGGUGCAACUGAAGAAGCGUGCGUUCAAGAACGUGGCUUGGGUAGGGUGUUGGCCGACGAUCACACGAACGGCUGUUUGGCCUCGUUUCCGCUGGUAUCUAUCGUUUGUUAUCUCCGAGUGGGGCUAUAGUAUGUUCAAGUAUCAACCAAGACACUCUGAUGUAUUUUUUUAUAUACGUUCUUUUCUAUCCGUGUAGUUUACUCUUUUUCUGGUUGUUUGGGGACUUUCUUUUUGUUAACGUCUCCGCUUUAUUUUCUAUAGACAGUUUGUUUUCCUCUCUCGUGUAGUGCUACAGAGUAUGCAUACGGGUCUGUUUUCCUUUACUUUUAAGGACAGGCGCUAGUUAGAGGCAAAACCAAUCAUUCUGAUUUCAUAUUUUUCCUUGCCCUUGGCCCUUGUUCACAGGCCCGGGGGGGUGGGGAAGCAUAGUGGCAGUAGUUUGAAGUGUUGAUUUAUUUUAUGGUUUAAUUUGUUACCGCCUGGUAUACCAGGUAUGACAUGUCCACAGCAGUACCCGGUGCAGCAGCGACAGUUGGUUCGGUUGCGGCGAAAACGUGCACACACAUAGUAUACCGGCAUACCACUACUGGCAGGCGAGGAAGCCAACAAGAGCGGGCGUCGAAGGUAGUACCAGUAGUACGAAGCAUAGGAAAGGGGCGAGAUAUGUGGGGCCUAUUACGAGGUCAAGGGUGUACGUUGAAGGGGGACAACGCAAGGAAAAUAAUGGGAAAAGCACACGCCCCUCCCCCAUGCUACCACUAGGCCGGGACACAUAGAACGAGUGAGAGCUUGAAAGAGUGCGUGUAAAGUGCCAGCAGUGAUGUGCUUUCCAUGUUUUUCGCGGACGCGUUUUUGUUGGCCUACAGGAUGCGCUUGUUGUCAUUUUCGUGUUGUUGGGGUUAGGUGGGUUGUGUCGAAGAGAGGGGG